AAGAUAUAAUUAUAUGAUUGUGAGGACAUGAAAGAAUGAUGUAUACUAAUGCAAAUGGGAUGUAAAAGGUCCCUAAGAACAAAAUUGUUAGGCCCCUAAGAACCUUGAAACCCAUUUUUAAAUCUCUUCUCUCAACCAACCAAAGAUGAUUUCAGUGUUCGAGCUCUUCAGCAAUUCCGACUACACAUUCGUAGAGUGUACAGUUGUGAGAGACGAUAAUAUAUGCCAUACGUGCAACAAAGCAGCUCAAGGCUCUGAUAUAUAUUUCUGUACUAGACACAAUAGUCUUGAAAGAUUCUACCUGCACAUGACUUGUUCAAAACUACCGGUUUCGGUUUAUCUACACGAGCAUUCAUUAAAUUUAGAAGAGGAUUUAAUUUUUGGAGAUGAUGCUGCUUGCAAUAUUUGCAAAGAACGAGUUGUAGGCUCUCCUACAUAUACCUGUGUUAGUCGUAAUGACGAUGUUGAUUGUCAAAAUUUCUACUUGCAUAAGACUUGUGCAGAAUUCCCCCAACAAAUAAACCACCAUAAACACACCAUCCAUCCUCUUUCUCUCCUUCCACGCUCUGAUAAUGACAGCUGUGAAAUUUGUCAUGGUAAUAUAAAGGUCUCUUAUGCAUGUGUUGAUUGUGACUUUGAUGUGUGUGUUUUUUGUGCUUUGGAACCGAGGCUGCUUCAUCAUCAAGGACACAAGGAGCACGCUCUGACAUUAAUGAAGAAGGAAUCUCUUUUUGAGUGUGAUGCUUGUCAUGAGGAAGCGAAAGACUCUUCAUAUGUUUGCACCACUUGUGAGUUCUGCAUCCACAAGAGCUGUGCCUUUUCACCCUUCAUCAUUCAAUCGCCUACUUAUCACAAUCACCCUCUCACUCUAGUCUACGCUGUUCCUGACAUUCAUCUCUUCUUUAAGCAAUACUGUGGUAUCUGCCGCCGAUACGUUUACCCCAGCUGCUGGGUGUAUUAUUGCCACAAGUGCACAUAUUUUGUGCACAUCAAAUGUUCUACAUCCACAUUACCCAUGGUAAAUGAGGAUGAAGCGGAUGGCAUGGAUAAUGAUCCUGAUCUGGUACGAUUUCCUCUGCCUAGCAAGGAAUCAAUAUUUGAUCUCAUUGUGACUCAGUGUUGCAAGUACCAAGACAACUUUAAAGAUGAAGGUGAAAUCAAUGUUACCAUGCCAAUAACAUCUAUCGAUCCUCACAUUAUUGAAAAACACUGGAGUCACCAGAUCCAUCCAUUACAACUGCUCCAGUUUACAAACUGUGAGAAUGAUAGCGACGACAGUGAUGAUGAUAGGAGAGAGCUGAUAUGCAACGGCUGUAUUCAACCUAUAACCGUUUCCCAUCCCUCUUACUACGCUUGCAUCCAGUGUGGUUUCUUUCUCCAUUCUUUCUGUGCGACUAAGUUGCCACAGAAGUUGCCUGUAGGAGCAUCGCAUUUUCAUCCUGACCAUUCUCUCUUGCUUGAGAUGAAGGACAAAUUUUAUGAUUUGGUGGUUUGUGGAGUUUGCAGAAGUUGCACAAAUGGAUUCUACUAUCACUGCCCGACUUGUGAUAUAUUUGUUGAUAUUCGUUGUGCAUUCUUACCAACCAGAAUAAAAUACAAAUCUCACAAGAAUCACUCCCUUGUUCAGCGGCCAGCUUCGAAUUCUACCUGCAGUGUAACCAGGUGUCGAAAUCAGGUUGGGGUGGAAUAUGGAUGUGAAACCUGCAGCAGUUUCCAGAUUAAUAUGUGUGGUAUAAUAAUACCAAGUAGGAUGGAACACAAAUAUGAUGCUCACCCCUUAACCUUGAGAUAUCCACCAUUCUUCUACGAGGGAGCAUUCUACUGUGAAAUAUGUGAGGAACGAGUUAACAACCAGGAGUUGCUCUACCAUUGCAGUGAAUCUGAACAUUCUUAUCACUAUUAUUGCGGGUUUUGGCUCAACAAUGUCAAGUUAGGAGGGACAAUUAAAGUUAUUAUUUCGGAUAAACCACACACACUUGCAUUAGUUUUGAAGACGCCUACAAGAAAGAAGCCCAUACACAGUUGUUCACAGUGCUUCGCUUAUUACAGCACCUACUGUUUUCUUCUGGAAUGUGAUGGUUGUGGACUUCUUGCAUGCUUGGAAUGUCCACUCUCGGGCAAGUUACAACAGAUUGCACUUCUAUAAAAUUCAGAUGUUUUGGGAUCUCCACUGAACUUAUUGUACUUCUCUUUAAAAUGUGCACUUUUCUGUUCAUUUGCUUCAUUUCGUUUGCUUGUACGCUGUACCCUUUGUCAUUGAAAACAAUAUGAAGAGCUCCAGUGUCGACAGAUGAAUGUCGAACUCCAGUUGAUCA